ACCGUAGAAGAUCCAGCAGAAGGAUCCAAGACGGGUAUAGAGAGUCCAGAGCCGAUGGAUGUGGAGCAGCUUGAUGACAUGGAGCUCGCUGCCGCUGAAAGCAAAAGGUUAAGUGAACCAUUCUUCUUGAGAAAUAUAUUGCUUGAGAAAUCUGGUGAUACCAGUGAAUUGACUACUUUGGCUUCCUCAGUUCAUGCGGUUAUGUUAGAAUCUGGGUUCGUGCUGUUCGAUUCAGGGUCUGAUAAGUUUAGCUUUUCAGAGAAGUUACUUACGGUAUCACUAAAGUAUACUCUACCUGAGAUAAUUAAGUCUAAGGAUGCCAAUACAAUCGAGUCCGUUACUUUGAAGUUUCAGAACUUAGGCCAUUGGGUUGUAGUUUACGGAACUGUAGGUGGGUCUAGUAGUGGGGGAGUUCACGUGAAUCUUGAUAAGCGUAGGUUUGUGCCUGUUAUUGAUAUGGUUAUGGAUACUUUGAAGUCUGACAAAGAAGGCUCUUCGAGGAUCUACCGUCAAGUGUUCAUGUUCUGGAGAAUGGUAAAAGAUGGUCUUGUUAUCCCGUUGUUGAUUGGUAUCUGCGAUAAAGCUGGCUUGGAACCUCCACCAUGCUUGAUGCGCUUGCCAACAGAGCUAAAGCUGAAGAUACUAGAGUUGCUUCCUGGUGUGAGUCUUGCGAAGAUGGGUUGCCUUUGUACUGAGAUGCGGUAUCUGGCUUCAGACAAUGACUUGUGGAAACAGAAAUGCUUGGAAGAAGCUAAGAAUGUUGUUGGGACAGGAGAGGGUGAUUUGGUUAACUGGAAGGUAAGAUUUGCUGAUUUUUGGAGGCAUAAACUGUUUCCAAGAAGGGAUGUUUCCACGGGAAGAAGCACUAUGCGAUUCCCUCGGAUCAUUGGAGACCCUCCUUUCACAUGGUUUAAUGGGGAUCGCAUGUAUGGAUCCAUUGGUAUUCACCCGGGACUACCAGCACGUGGGUUUGGCGGACGAACAUGGGGUCAGCGGUUUACUCCCGGAUGCAACUUUGGGGGACUCAACUAGCUAGCAAACAUCCCGGGUGAGAAAAUGGAACUUGUGAGUCUGUUGAAGGUAUGAGGAAAGUAGGUGUAUUGUAUAUGGCUUUUCCGAUAUCAGCAAAUAAAUGGGGGAGGAAACUAGUAUGUUUGAUCCUUAUAAAGUGUCUUUGCUUUUAAAUCUUCUUUUUCCAUGUUUAUGCUUCGGUUGCUCUUUUAUGAGUUAUGUUUUUUUUUCUUUCUGUAACCACCAGAUGUAUAAGUAAUGAUAAAAUGGCUUCUUAUAUUUUGCUAUUAUCUCUGACAUUUCAUAUUUGCAAGCCGAUUGUGAUGUGCAUAUGGACAUGUUUACAUCA